CAUCCGAACCCCUCCCGCCAUGCCAUCUCGAUAACGGUGCAACACACCAUCUCUGGUGGCAACAUGGUCCGAGCGGUACGGAUAUGCAGGGUAGCCAAGGCGCCCACAUUCACCCACGUGGCGACCUCGUGGCCCGGACGCACGGACGGAAUGCGGAGCGAUGCUGCGAUGCACUGAGUCCAGGAUGUUGAAUCAAUCAAUCUAUUAACAAUGAAAUUUAAUCAAGGAAGAGCUGCAUGUGGCAAAUAUGCCAGGUUGAUGGGACUUGGGGAUUCCGUGUUGGGUGGAGGAUGGCGGGACUUGGGGUUUGGAAGGGCUCGAAUGCGUUAUGGUGGUGGAGGGCAAAGGGCAUGAUGUGCAGAGCUGUAGUAGUUGGUAUGGCGGAGAAGAAGGUUGGGCAGGGAUGGAGGGCGUUGCUGUCUAUUUGGAACGGCGGUGAUGGGCUUACAAGUAUGCAUCGUGUGAUUGAUUGGGCCCUUGGGGGGGUGCAGGAGGGUGGUGUGCGGGAUGUAACGUAUGGAGAGACUCGUGCAGAUGUCCGACGCUGUACUGGGUACGGAGGGGAAUGCAGUUCAGUCCAGAGCAGAAUGGUUAUUGGGUGCAAUCAUCACUCUUGCAAAGCACAACAAAGAAACAUGGUUUGGGUGCUAUCUUCUCCCCACGAAGCGUACGCGAAUGACAACUGGUCAGCCCAUCGGUGUCUGGAACCGAGAUCCUCGACCACACCACAUGGCUAAGCUCAUGGGCGGCGCGGGGACGGCGUCAAAGAAACACGUGGCAAUGCGUGGCAGUGGGUGGCGAUGCAUGUGGUGAUAGGUUGGGGGAUGGGAGCUUGCGGAAUACGCUGGCUCGGGC